UCUCCCACGAGAAUUUCUUCUUCUGCACGGCCACGAAUUCAUAAAUCGGACCCACAGUUGGGGUUUUCACCUACUGCAAAACGAAAUUGGAGCUUCCUUCACCGCUUCCUCGCUUUUGCUUUCUUUUCAUUGAAGCUGCAUCGCCAGAAAAACAAAACUCUUUUCUGCUUCAGUGAAGUUCUCGGAGCGACUCGAAUCCAGAGAUAUUUGUUCAUCGAACUGGACGAACAAGACGCGCUGGUAAGAAAGGAAUUGCUAUUCUUGUCCACACGAAAAACCAAUCUCGGGCCAUACAGUCAAUUGCAUGAGAUGUUGGAUGUACAUUCAAAGAGUGCAGGAAGUAUUGGAAGAAGUUUUCAAGGUGAGUUUCAGCGUUGGGAGCUUUUCCCUCUCGCGACUGAAGACAAACCAGUUUUAGCUAAUCAGUUUUUUUCUGGAUAUUGUAAGCCUUCAGAGGACUGUAGUUUUAGAUAUGUGAGCCCUACAGACUGGACGCCCAGAACUGUUAACUCUACCAACCUUGACUAUAAAGCUUGGAAUAAUGAUUCAAAGAUUCUGUGUUUUGAUUGCCAAUCUUGCAAGGCUGUCUUACUGCAAAACCUCAAGACUGAUUGGAAGAAGGUGGUCGUUGUCAACAUCAUAUUCUUGAUUUUCUUGGUCAUUGUCCUGAAACAUGCCCAAGAGUCGCUACCGUCUGAAGAUACAAAUAUUGCAUCUGCAAGUGUCUCAAAUAUUACAUCAUUUUUUGAAGCCUUAGGGUGACAUUCAUUAUUCAUAACUUAGGCUUUUUUUUUUUUUUUAAAUUGAAUCCUCUUGUAUAGAAUCCAUGGUGACAUAACUUAGGUUCUGAGAUUUUGUAUGAGUUAUUGUUCUUAGUAUUCUCUUAGUGUAUGGACUCGAGAUGUAUAUUGAUGUUGUUGUUGCUUCAAAUUAUAUAUUGAAGCUACAAAUUUGUUUCAAGUUUUAGCAAUUUUGGUGCAAAUUUUGGUAAAAUCCUGGUGCAAAAAUGGUGAAAAUCUGGUGCAUAUAUGCUGACUCAUAAUAG